AGUCUGCCACAGAUCACGUGAGUCUGCCAAGUAAACAAAUUACUUUCCAUGUGAUGUUCAACAGGAAUGCUAUAAUUUUUUUUUGUAGCUGAAUAGAGAAUUAUAAAUUUGAUUGAGUAUUAUGAAGAAACUUGACAACAGAAUCGAAUAUAGCGUUGAAGGAAUUUAAAUUGAGUAACUUGAUAAAUACGCAUUUUAUCGCUCAAUAAAUAAAAUGAGUUCCGAAAGUAUUUUGUUAGAGGAACAUGAAAGACUUGAUGCCUUAAUAGAUCUUAUUCCACGAGCCAGCCGUUAUAUGCUUUAUGCAACAAAUGUUGUAUUAACUUGUAUAAGUGCCAAUUCAAAAUAUAUUGCUAUAGGAUCCAAUAAUGGAUGCGUUUUCAUCUACAACAGAGACAAAAGAACUAUCGAAAAGUUAUGUUGUAAAGAUCCGACAGAUGUUGUUAGUUGCAUAACCAUUAAAGAAAGCGUCGAAACCUUAGUAUUCGCUGGGACCCGCACUGGUAUUUUAUACAUUUUUCAACUAUCCGCUGUAUUAGAGAACGGUCAUAUUAUUAAGGGUAGUCAAUGGGUAGUUCAGGGGAUGCAUCAAAGACCAGUUAGUACUGUUUGUAUAUCAGAAAAUAAUCAACAUCUGUUCUCUGGCGAUGAAGAAGGUACUGUUGUUUGUACUGACAUGCUUUUUAGCCUCAAUGAAACUGAAUCUGCAAUAAUAACAAGGGAGGGCGAAGAAAUCGUUCAAUUAGAUUAUCAUAAACCCCUAAAAGUAUUACUCGUUUCAACGAAAAGAAGGAGUAUUUUAAUUGACACAGAUAAAGGAGAUCAGCUAAUACAAAUUGGAUCUAAAGAGAGAAAGAUUUUUUUAGAUUUUGGCGCAUGCUUUUUUUCAAGUGUUGAAGAUCCGAAAAAUCCAAAGAUUUUCUCCUCCCGACCAGGAAUGAGAAUAUGGAAAGCAAAUAUUACAGGAAAAGUUGAACAAACAAUACUCUUUAAAGAUGCUAUAAAAGAGGCUAAAUUUCCCAAAAUUCCCUUAAUACUAAAUUCACAGCAACAAGUAAAGGACGAGCAUGAAACAAUACAAUUUGGUAAAGUAUUAAAAUUUCAAGAAAACUUUUUAAUUACAUGGUUCAAUUCACAUUUAUUCGUUAUGACUAUUGGUGGAACAAUUGUUAAUUCUCUUGAAAACAUUCCAAUAAGAGAUGUUUGUGUUUAUGACUCUGAAAUAUUUAUUAUACUAAAAUUCUCAAAAAUUGAUAUUAUAAGGGUUGCCGUCAAACCAGAUGAUAGAUUUUCAAUUAUAUCAAAAGAGAAAUCGCAGGAAAUUGAACAGUUUGAACAAGCAGUACACAAAAUUAAAGACGUAUCUUCAAAAGUUUGGAAAAAUAUUUCCAAAUUUGGUGAUAAAAUGGCAUUUACUGUCCCUGAAGGUAAAAGGUAUAAUGAGGAUAAAAGUCCAUCUGAUCCUCCGUCUGAGAGCAAUUCCGCAUAUGAUAUGCUUUCCGAUAUGCAAUUAAGAGAAAAGACCGAGGAAGAAACCUCUGAGAACGCCGAUCAAGUUGAUAAAAAAUUAACAGAUCCAAUUACUACUGACCUUAAAGCAGAGUCAGUCACAGCUAAAGAAGAUACACCGGAUCUAGACUUAAUUGGUAAAAAAAGUUUUGACGAUUCUAUUGUAUUUUCAAUUAAGACAGUAAAAGUGAAAAAGAAAAAAAAGAAGGCUAAAAAGAAAGUAGAUGAAGAUUCUCAUAGUUUCGUAUCUUCUACUUCCGGCUCGGGUUCAAAUGAAGCUUCUAUCUCCGAUACUAUAAGUUUAUCGAGUCAUAAUGAUAAAGAUUCUAAUUACGUUAAUUCCAUCCCCAAUGACCUAACUGAUAAUAAAACAAAUGACAGUGACAGUGAAUUAAAGGCCAAGGAAUUUGUGAAGGAUCAACCCAAAGAAAUUGAAGUGAGAGAUGAAUCAAAUUCCCAGACUAAAACGGAAUGCAAUGAAAAAGAGGAAGUUACUGAGAAUAAAGACACAGACGCUCAAGAAGAUGAUACUCAAACUACAGAUAUAGACGUUCAAGAAAAGGCGGUUGUUCAGAAUACAAAUAUAGAUGACGUGGAGAUAGUUACUGAAGCUAAAAAUGAAGAAGCUACUCAGGCUGCUGAAGAAUGCUCUAUUAAAUCAAAUUCUGAACAAUUAGUUGAAAAAAAAGAAUUGCAGCCAGAAUCAAAAUCAUUAGAAGUAGAAGAGUCAGCAUAUGAUGACGAAACUAGAGAUUUCUCUUUACCGUGUGAAAUAUUCAAUGGAGAUAAUACAUCAAAUAGGCCUUCUUUAUCGUCAUCAGCUUCGCUAUCCGACGAAGAAUUUAAUAGUAUAUAUGCGCGUGAAACUCAAACUUGUACGGAAGAGGAAAAGAUUAUAGAAGAUACUGUAGAAGAGGAGACUAUUAGCGAAUAUACCAGCACUGAUGAAUUUGAAAUUCUUGACGAGGAAAUUUGGACGGAAAUGUCGGUUCCUUCACUCGUGCAAAACUUUUGUAUAUCCGAAAAAUAUAUAUGGUUGACUGACAAAUCACAAAAGCUUCAUUAUUGCAAUUUAACGAAAAAUGCCCCAAUGUGGCGUUUAGUUCAAGAUGCGCCUGCUGAUAAAAUUUCUGUUAAUGACUCUUCGACUAUUCUUUGGCGAUUAUAUAACAAUAAUGUAUUCGUAGCACAGCAUAUUACUGAAAGAUAUCCAACAGGCUUGAAAUGGGUUCAUAUUUUAAAAGAAGUUAGUGAUAUUUGUGUAAUGGAGCAUUGUGCAUGGUAUGUUAAAAAAGAUAAUGGUAUUGUUAAAUUACAAAAGAAUCUAUCUGCUCAAAGACCAGCAUUCCGUUCUGUAACCAUAGAACAUCCCAAAAUGAUAACUAGUAUCUCUUCUAAAGAUAAUAUUGUUUGGGCUCUAGAUGUAGAGGGUAUUUUGUGGGCUACUGUAUUCACUUCAAGUGAUGAUGAAUCUGCCGUGAAGUGGUGCAAAGUGAAAAGAAUAAACGAACAAUUAAACAUUCGUCACAUAAGUCUUGGUUCUUUUGGUAUUGGAUGGAUUAUUGACAAGAAAGGAUUAAUCUGGCUUGCUCCAAAUGUUACUCAAGAAAAUCCUCACGGUGAUGGGAAUGUCUAUCAGGUCUCCCUUGAAAGUCCUAUAGUUCAUGACGUUAAUAAACGAAGCUUGUCUCGUUGGUUUUAUUCCACCCCAUUCUCCAAGAGCUUAAGUAAUGUAGGCACUACUUCCGUUCUGGCUUCCUCAUCUAAAACGGCCGUUUUUGUUGCUGAGAUUGGUUCAAGAAGUAUUUUUAUUUGCAAGGAUAACGUGUUGGGUCACAGAUGGAAGCUAGCAACUCCACUUGGAAUGGCAGAUUCUAUACCUUGGCGUAACGUUCACUCGCUUGGCAAUCUUGUUUGGUCUCAGCAAGUGUGUAAUAAACUCUUUGGUAUAUCGCCAAAAACUCAAUAUGCUUUUGAAGUUCAAUUAGCAAUUCGAAACGUUCCGUUCGACGUAUCUAGUAUUUGUGCUGUUGAAUGGUACUUAUGGGUACUAUCGACGGAUGGGGCUAUAUAUUCUAGAUCAGGUGUAUCACCAGGCUGUCCACAAGGUCUUAAUUGGAUACCAAUUGAUUUAAUGCUCAUUGGACAAAGUAAAAUAUGUUCUGUAGCUAUUAAUUCAAAGUUUGCUUGGUCUGUUGAUGAAAAAGGAAAGCUGUACCUCCGAAUGAGUAUUGAACCACCAUCUGCAGGUUCUCUAUCAGCUGCGUGGAUACCAAUUGAAGAGAGUCUGUCAAAACAUGGCCAAAGUCUUUUAACCUCUAUUUUUAGCGGUUUUAAUUUCAAAAUGAUCUGGGCAAUCGAUUCUAUGAAUUGUGUAUACACAAGAAAAGGUAUAACAGAAAGUCUUCCAAUUGGAACUGAUUGGAUGUAUAUCCCAGGUAUAAAAGCUGUCAAAUUGGCUAUAAGUGAUAAUGCAGUAUAUGCUUUGACAACCAGUAAUGGCCUGUUUGUUAGACAUGGAAUAAAUGAAAAUAACCUUCACGGUGACUAUUGGAGACAAAUUCCUGGUAACUUUAAUCAUAUAUCAGCUUCCCGCGACAAUACUCUAUGGGCAAUAACGAAGGAAGGACAUCUCAUUAAGAGAAAAACACAUUUGCUAAGAACAGCUCAUCACUUAAAAAAUACAACAAAUAAAGAGUUUAUAAGACUUAAUAGUUUGAAUACAGACGACUGGGAAGUUAUUGAUUAA